AUGGAGAUUUCUUCCCACCAGUUUCACCUCCUGGAGCAGCUGAACGAACAGCGGAAGACAGAUCUGAAGCAAGAUCUGUUCUGUGACUGCAGCAUCCUGUUGGAGGGGAAGCUCUUCAAGGCACACCGCAAUGUGCUCUUUGCCAGCAGCGGCUACUUCAAGAUGCUCCUUUCCCAGGGCUCCAAGGAGCCGAGUGAGCCCACAGUAGCGACGUUCGAGGUCUUCUCCCCAGAGACAUUUAUGGUCAUCCUGGACUUUGUGUAUUCGGGAGUAUUGUCUUUAACCGGCCAAAACGUGAUCGAAGUGAUGUCGGCUGCCAGCUACCUGCAGAUGACUGAUAUCCUCAACGUGUGUAAGACCUUCAUCAAGUCCUCGCUGGACAUUAAUGAAAAAGAGAAGGAUCAUUACCUCAGCCUUUCAGCCAACAGCCCCACCGCUGAACCUGCCCCUCCACCUCUGUAUCGCUCCAGAAGGAAAGCCAAGAGCAACCCCCGGCGCUCCUGUUCCAUCCCGGAGGAAAAGGUCGAUGCGGCGAACGAGAACUCCUGGAGCAAUUACAGCAGCUACUUGUCCUCUCCAGUGAUCCUCCAGCGGGCAGAAACACAGCUCUUGAAAAGGGGCAGGAAACAGGGCUCGGCGAGGAGGCGUCGGAAGCACCUGGGGCUGUCGCAGACCCGCGACUCUGGGCAGUGUAAAGCCCCCAAAGGCAAGCGGGCCGGGGGAGGUGGCAGCGUGGCAGACCCCGGGCACCUCUCUCAGGUUAGAGAAGAGGCCGAGUGUGAUGCUGAGAAUGAGGUUGAUCACAACGAUUACGGAUACGAUCGCGAAUCAGAGAGUGUUCCGAAGAGGUGGUCUGUGGCUCAGCUAGAACAAGAACUUUCCAGAACUCCCGAGUUCAUGGAAUUAAAGGCAGAGGAACUGUACACCUCAAUGCCCACAAUAUUAGGUGUAAUGGGUAGUUGGAACAAAGAUGACCCCCCUCGGAUGAGGUUCAAGUGCCCCUUCUGCACGCACACGGUGAAGCGCCGGGCGGACCUGAAGCGGCACCUGCGGUGCCACACGGGGGAGCGGCCGUACCCCUGCCAGGCCUGUGGGAAACGCUUCACCCGCCUCGAGCACCUAAGGAACCACUUCCAAACUAUCCAUCAGGCUGGCAAACUGAUCUGCAGGAAGUGCAAGUGCCACGUAACCGAACUCACGGGCUGCAUCGUUCAGCAAGGAACCAGACGCUACAGACUGUGCCACAAGUGUCUCUCAGAAGCUAAUUUUGACAGCAUCCCGGAUGAUUUAGAUGCAGAACACUCUCCUGUCUCCCCGGGAAACAAAAGUUCCAAAUGGGCUUUGGAGGAGGAAGAGAAAUCAGAUGAAGAGGCCAUGGAGGAGGAACCAUAUAAUCUAGUCGUCCGACACGUUAACGGCGACGUUCCAGAUGAAAAGGUGAAACCAAACCUGAGGUAG